AUGACUGGCAGCACCGAUCCAAACAAUGACAGGUGGUGGCCACCGUUCGACGAGGUGUGGCAGGCAGCAGCUGGCGCAGGCAACGCCAUUGCAGCCCUGGCGUCAUCCCCAUUCUCAGGCGUCGCCUGCGCACACCAAGCUGAUGUACCUUCCCCACCCGCGGGGGCAUCACGGGCAGUCCGGUCAUUCGCCACUGAGCCUCUCCCUUCUCCUCCGCCCUCAUCCACACCGCCUCUCCGACCAGCGUCGCCGGCGCCCGUUGCUCCAGCCGUACCCGGCGGAUUUGUGGGCCUCGCAGCCGCUCACCCCUACUCGACCGCGUUCCUCAUGGGAGCCAUGUUGACAGGGUCGUGUCUCGCUGGGGCGGCAGCAGCCAACUAUGGCUUUAAGCGUGGUGUGGGGCGUGUGCCGCAGAUCGCUCGCCCGGGUUCAGGUUCUGACGUGCAUCUCGCUCGUCUCGAAGAGCUGUUGCGCGAUUUGCAGAAGAACCAGAGCCAGCUGGUACUAGCCCAGCGUGCCGCCGCUGCCAAGGACGCAGCAAAGGACAAGGAAGCCGGUGCGCCCAACCAGGAUCUCGCACCCCUUAUUGCGCAGGUUGGCGAGGGCAUCUUGCCACUCGCCACACAGAUCGGCGAGCUCGACUAUAAAGUCGCGGCAGGGGCUGGGAUGCAGCGCAAGAUCCUGGCUACGCUUGAUUCUGUGCGCGAGACGCAGCGCAAUGAGCUUCUGAUUCUUCGCCAGGAGGUUCAAGACCGGCUCGUUGAGAGUGCGCGCACGCUCGAUGCCGCCAAUGAGAAACUGCGACAGAGCCAGAAAAGCAUGACAGGGGCGCUGCGCGACAGUGUCAAGGCCGACAUGAAGCAAGUUCUGCAACGCUUGGAGGAGCUCGAAGGCCGGCGUAAUGCCACCGACGUCACAGCUACCAGUCCAGCGAAGGACGUGGCCGCGGAAGCAACUCUGCAACCCAAGCUUGAGUCUGAGCCACAGCCCGAACCUUUGACCGUUAUGGACAUCAACGUUGAGGGCUCCAUCGCGCAGUUGUCAGAAGUUGCGAAAGCGUCCGAGUCGUCCGAUGAACUGGGUUCCGACGACAUUCGUGCCGCCAUCAACGCCAUGAUCGCCGAGGUCAAGGCCGCGGAGCCACAGCUUACGGAACGUCUUGGUGCUGCGUCCGCCGAGUGGAUGAUGAUCAAGGCCGUCAAAGCCGCCGAGCCAUACCUCUCGUCCGAGGGCCCUGGAAGCGCUGCGGCCAAGCUACUGCUCGCCGUCAAGGCCGCAGAGCCAUUCGCGUCGCGGCGGAUGGACGCGGCGGCGGCCGUGUGGAAAAUUGUACUCACCGUCAAGGAGGCUGAGCCACAUCUGCAGCACUCUAAGCACAUCGGUCCAGCCGAGUAUGAGAUCCUUCGCGCGAUCAAGGCUGCCGAGCCGUAUCUCGUCCAAGAUAUCGAUAUGGGUGGCGCCGCGUCCAAGUUCCUCCGCGCCGUCAAGGCUGCCGAGCCGCGCCAACCACGGUUUGGGAGUGAGAGGGCCGAGACACAGAUUCUGAAGACUGCCAAGUGGUCCGAGCCCGUGUUGAGGAAGCAUGCCGAGGUGAUGGCCGAGGGGGCCUGUGCCUCAAAGAGCCAAGACAAGCCCCUCCCAGUACAACCUGCUUCACCACCGGUAGCACCACCUGCAGCAUCAUCUGCAGCACGUGGUGCUGCAGAGCCUCAGUCUCAGAGUCCUAAGACAGCACCGCGCCGCCGCCCAUCAAACCAGCCCGUUCGCUACCUGGGCGUGAACGAAUCGGGCGAUUGGCACUUUACGCUUCUCGCCCCGCUCGAAGCAGCUGGGGACGGGAUGCAUAUCCAGUCCCGCGAGAUCAUGCUCAGCCACGAGUCACACCGCUCGUGGGCUGGCGAGCUGCUCUCCCUCUGGCACUCAUCUCACGAGUCGACGUGUUGGUCAGUCGGCCCGUUCACAACAGCACUCUUGCUCAACCCCGACGUUGACAUGGUUGUGUUAGACGGUGCGUGGUGGCGUUGUUCGAGUGAUGGCGAUGUGUACACGGUGCGCGAGAAGGUCGCCGAUGAUGCGGAUUAG